UAAUUCAUUGUUUACCAAAAUGUUCAUCGACGAAAUGAAACUGACUGAAAAUGUUGUACGAAAUUUUAGAGUUGCCAAAAUAUUUCGAGAAAAUACUGAUAAGAUCACAAGUAUAGACUUUUCCUCAAAUGGAGAGACUCUGAUAUCAAGCAGUGAUGACGACUCGAUCGUAAUAUACGACUGUCAAGGAGGGACGCCAAAAAGAACAUUGAACAGUAAAAAGUAUGGAGUUGAUCUUAUAAGAUACACACAUGCAGUCAAUACUGCCCUACACAGUUCAACAAAAAUUGAUGACACCAUCCGAUACCUAUCGCUGCAUGAUAACAAGUACAUCAGGUAUUUUCCGGGACAUACAAAAAAGGUGGUAUGUUUGAACAUGUCUCCAAUAAAUGACACUUUCUUGUCGGGAUCCCUGGACAAGACAAUACGGCUGUGGGAUUUACGCUCGCAGAAUUGUCAGGGCAUGAUGCACCUUCCAGGCAGGCCGGUCGCCACCUUUGAUCCAGAGGGACUCAUAUUUGCAGCAGGCAUCAACUCCGAGUGUGUCAAACUCUACGAUCUUAGGUCCUUUGAUAGGGGUCCGUUUGCAACGUUCAAGCUUCCCCAGGACAAGGAUUGUGACUGGACUGGGAUGAAGUUUAGUCCAGACGGGAAGUUUAUUGUCGUUUCCACGAAUGGCCAGGUUAUCAGACUUAUUGAUGCCUUUCAGGGAACUCCACUACAGACAUUUGUGGGCCACACAAACACUAAAGGGAUCCCACUGGAGGUAUCCUUCAGCCCGGACUCGCUGUUUGUGUUCAGUGGGUCGACAGACGGGCGUGUGCACUGCUGGAGCACAGACACUGGGGCCAAGGUGGCCACCAUGAGCUGCGACCAUCCCGGUGCUGUACAGUGCGUAGGCUUCAACCCCAAGUUUAUGAUGUUGGCCACUGCUUGUACAAACAUGGCUUUCUGGUUACCGUACAUAGACGAAUGAGGGAAGAGCAAUUUUUGGGCAUAAAGACAUUGACACAGAGGCACAAACCCUGAAGUGUAUAUAACAGCAGCGCAUAUUGUGUUCACAGGAAUAUCUUCUACAGUUAACUUCACUAAUGACCUGGAAUAAUUUGUAGAUAAGUGUGUAGAACAAUGGUGCACUAAAUACUAGGUUAUGAACUGGUACAAACAGGGAUCUUUGUGGAGGACAGAUUGGACACAAGACUUAUGUGUGCAUUUGCAAUGGUGUGUAGGUUUGUCAUAUAAUACAAAAGGAAAGCUACAUCACGGCCAUUGAUAGUGCAUUAUUCAUGUACCAAUUCAAUCACAAAUAAUAAAGAGUUAGCAGUGUUUAGACAUUUCGAACACCCUGAAAUUUCUGGUUUAUUGGAUGCUUUUUAAUAUAAAGGUUUCUAUUCUAUGUGUAUACAGGUAUGAAUAACCCAUAUUUGGGGUCUUAGUUAAAUUGAGAUAUUCAUGUUUGUUUUGAUAUUGAUAUGAGCAUGUCACUGUUUCCAUGUGUUAUCUGGAGUACUGUAAUGUAUAGUUUUUAUUUCUGUUCACAGUAGACAUAACAACUUCAUGUAUUAUCAUUCUGUCAUUAGAUUAUGAAAAUCAG